CGCUCUUUUCCGCUCUCAAAUAAACAAAACAAAGAAAGAAUUUUUCUCGAUCUCGUUCUAUGCAGACGAAAAUGCAAGAGCAAGCAGCAAGUUCAAUCGCUGCGAAUUCGCUGCCUUCGAGUAGUGAGAGAUCUUCCAGCUCUGCUCCUCAACCAGAAGCCAAAGAAGGAUUGGAGAGCGAUGACGAGAUAAGGAGAGUGCCGGAAAUAGGAAGCGAAGCCGCCGGUCAGUCUACCUCGGGCAGAGACGCCAGUUCCGUUGCAGGUCCUGCCCACGUUCAAGCCACCGCAGAAGUGGUUCAUCGAAAGAGAGGGAGAAGCCCGGCUGACAAAGAAACCAAGCGGUUGAAAAGGUUGCUGAGGAACAGAGUUUCAGCCCAACAAGCUAGGGAAAGAAAGAAGGCGUACUUGAAUGAGCUGGAGGGGAAGGUCAAGGACUUGGAACAAAAGAACUCUGAGCUGGAAGAGAAGCUCUCCACGUUACAAAAUGAGAACCAAAUGCUUAGACAAAUUUUGAAGAACACAACUGUAGGCAAGAGAGGAGGGAGUAAUGGUAACAAUGCAGAUGGGUCCGUGUGAGUGAGAACAUGUUAGGUUCUCCACUUAUUUUAUCUUUCUAGGGUGGCUUGAAAAAAGUUUAGUUCUUAGGAGAAAAGAUUAUAUAACAAAGAUGUGAAGACUGAGAAAGGUGAUGCUUAUUUUGUCUAAUGAAAGGCCCAAUAGCAAUAUUUUUAAAAUAAUGCUUCCUCACUGAAUAUCAUGUCUUUUGGUUUGGAUAACACCAUACUGCUGUACCAUAUGAGUAGGACCUUCUAGGUUCUGACUCGUGAUCAUAUUUUGCUGGUGUUAACAAAUGUUUUUGUUUGAAGAAAUAAAUUCAUUCGUAUUGACCAACCCCCACCCACUUAAAUUUGAAGCUAUUAAUUUUAGUGGAGACAGAGCUAACUCUGAGGGAAGAAACUUCCCACAAUUGUUGUUGUUGAGGAGAUUUAGUGAAUAUUUUAAUGAAUCAAAUCUUUUACUUCGUGUGUAAA